AUGCCAACAUGCAACACAACCCUCGAAGACGCCAUAAUAAACGAAGAACCCCUAAUAGGCGCCCACAUAACCUUCCACCACCUAGGCCUCUUCCUCGGCGCAAUCUUCGGCCUCCUCUCCGUCCUAAUUUCCCUCUACCUAAUCCUCCGCCACGCAACCCACUACUCCCGUCCCAGCGAACAACGCCACAUCAUCCGAAUUCUCUUCAUGAUCCCCAUCUACGCCGUCGUAUCCUUCCUCUCAUUUUAUUAUUACCGGCAUGCGAUUUAUUUUGAGGCUGCGAGGGAUUGUUAUGAGGCGUUUGCGAUUAGUUCGUUUUUUGCCCUGCUGUGUGCGUAUGUCGCGCCGGAUUUACAUGCGCAGAAGGUGUAUUUUAGGGGGAUUGUGCCGGUGAAUUGGUUUUGGGGGGUUUUUGGGUUGCAGAGGUGUACGGGUGGGGAGGGGAGGGGGAUUUUGAGGAGGCCGGGGAGUGGGUUGACUUGGUUUAAUGUCAUCUGGGUGGGAAUUUUCCAGUACUGCUUCAUUCGCGUACUCUUCACCAUUGUAUCGGUCGCUACUCAGCCAUUCGGAAGAUAUUGCGCAGCAAGCUACUCUCCUGCAUUCGCCCACAUCUGGACAGUGGCCUUCGAGUGUCUUUCCGUCACCGUGGCAAUGUUCAUGGUGGUGCAAUUCUACAUUCAACUCAAGACGGACCUCGCAGAGCACAAACCCGGCAUCAAAGUGCUCUCCAUCAAACUCGUCAUCUUCUUCUCCUUCUGGCAGACGAUGGUCAUAUCCUUCCUCGCAUCUUCAAGAGGACCCCUACAACCCACCCCGAAACUCAGCUACUCGGACAUUAAGAUUGGAAUCCCCUCGGUCAUCCUCAUCAUCGAAAUGUCCCUCUUUUCCGUCUUGCACAUCUUCGCCUACCCUUGGAAACCCUACAGUCACAAGCACAACGCCCUCACCGCCGGCUACGACCCCACCGGUGGUCCCAAACAAUACAAAGGCGGUCCCAUGGGUAUCAAAGCCCUAGCGGACGCCUUCAAUCCUUGGGAUAUUGUCAAAGCCAGCGCGCGAGGUUUCCGAUGGAUGUUUGUGGGUGUGCGACAGAGACACAUGGACGUCAGCUAUCGACCCGCCGCCGCGAAGCUCGGMGCUGAUGGGGAGACGGGGUACAUGGGUCCCACGUAUGUCAUGGCCGGGGAUGCCGUGGCGGCGGAAGGAGCAGUAGGACCCAGCAGUAAUGGACGUCGCGGUAGAGCAGCGACCACGGAAGAGGAUCGAGCGGGUCUCCUCCACGACGCGCAAGUUCCCGCUCACACGGGUAGCUCCUCGUAUCGUCCCGUCACCAAUGAUGAAUUCCUCGCGGGUGAUGACGGACAUAUCGAUCUCGGAGUCCCUAGACGACAUGUCGACGAGCCAUCACCCUGGGCUCCCGAUYGGAAACCUUCUGACAUUGAAGGCAGUGAUGAGAGGGAAGAGGAUUUUCAUCCGGGAAUGGGACCGCCUCCUGGUGCGGGUGUUGCGGUUGGGGUGAGUGGGAGUGUGCAUCCUGUUCAUCGGGGUCAGAAACCUGGCAGCAUGCCGGGACAGGGAUGGAAUCAUUGGGGUGGUGUGGGGAGGGGAGAUGAGAGGGGCUUUUAA